AUGGCCCUACGGGCUAUUGCUAACAUCCCUAGGGGGCCUCGGGCUGCUGUGGGCCUAGGUCGGCCCCUACAGCGCCGAACCGCACUCAUGCGUAAAGGCCAGACUAUCACUGAGACAGAGGACGUUAUUACACAGGAGGAGCUGACUAAGUUACAGUAUCAGUCAGCGAUGAUCGUUUCUGAUCCAAUUUGUGAUGUCGGCGAGAAAGAGGUGAGAGAUUUCCUCAUCCCCACCAAACCCCCUGCGAGGCUCCUCAUGGACUGGCUGCCAAAACCCAUAGGGGACUGGCUUUGGUGGAGGUCGGGCCGAGCCAAGACUACUGAGAAGCUGUUUAGGUUGGUACUAGAGAGGCUAGAGAAUAAGCCCUUGAUGGAGGCAUUCGGGAUCACUAUGGGGUUCAAUCAUCAGUUGUAUUGGUUAACUCUGCAUGCUUGGAUAUUCCAUCAGAAAAUGCUGCAAAUAGGCGACGACCGAAUGGACUACUAUUUUUUCGAACACAUAUGGGUGCUGCCUAAAACGUGGUUGCUCAUCAAAAGAGUACCUGACUACCGUUUCAGUUCAGAGCUGAGGAAUACCAUGGAGUACAGCUAUGGUGGCUGCGUUGCUCUGGAUAGGGCCUUACGAAGGGGAGAUAUACUCGCUGCCCGGCUGCAGGAGCAACUCCAUGCUAAUAUCCAUAGUGGUGAAAUACAGAAGGACGACAAACGACUACUGCUUUUGACCAAGUACACUGUGAGGCAACUUUCGUACAUACUAAGAGUACCGCACGAUGACUUUAUAUUUGCUAAUUUCGUAUGGGCAGACUUCCCAUUGCCAGCAUACCCAGCUCGACCUCUCCCUAAUAGGGGCGCCCUUAUCGACCGGAGUCGGCCAGCUACCCGUAUGCCGCCUACACAACGGAGGUGA